UAUAGAUCAUUGGAGCGCAAUGAAGUAGCCUUUGGAGCAGGGAGGGGGGACCCCGUCCGACUGCCACCGCCGCCACAGCGCACGGCAGCGACGGCCCGCCACCAUCACCGCUCGCACUCGAGUCGCCCGGCCCGCGAGGAGGCAACGGCCGCCGCCGCCGGAGGGAGCGGCGAGACGACCGGCCGGGAGCGCGCCCCGGCCGGCCACCUUCCCCCGGGUACUUCCAGAGCAAGUCCGGUGUCUUCCACACCCCCUCCCCGGCUCCCGGGCUGGGGACUCCGGAGAGCCGCUGCAAAAAUCUAAGCGAUCCGCCCUCCCGAGCCCUUCGCCCGGCCCUGCCCUGCGCCUCCCCGGCUGGGAUCCGCGUGCCGGGGUCCCUGCUCCUGCGCCCGGGGCGCGUCUCCGGACCCCCCACCCCCCACCCCGCGAUCGAUCCACCUCCGCCAGCCAGGACAAAGCCAUGAAGCCGGCGCUGCUGGAAGUGAUGAGGAUGAACAGAAUGUGCCGGAUGGUGUUGGCCACUUGCUUGGGAUCCUUUAUCUUGGUCAUCUUCUAUUUCCAAAGUAUGUUGCACCCAGUCAUGAGGAGGAAUCCGUUUGGUGUGGACGUCUGCUGCAGAAAGGGGUCACGAAGUCCUCUGCAGGAACUCUACAACCCCAUCCAGCUGGAGCUCUCCAACACCGCAGUCCUGCACCAGAUGAGGCGAGACCAGGUGACAGACACCUGCCGAGCCAACAGCGCCAUGAGCCGCAAGCGACGGGUGCUCACCCCCAACGACCUGAAGCACUUGGUGGUGGAUGAAGACCAUGAACUCAUCUACUGCUAUGUGCCCAAGGUGGCAUGUACCAACUGGAAACGUCUCAUGAUGGUCCUCACCGGGCGGGGCAAAUACAGUGACCCCAUGGAGAUCCCCGCCAACGAGGCCCACAUCUCGGCCAACCUGAAGACCCUCAAUCAAUACAGCAUCCCAGAGAUCAACCAUCGCUUGAAAAGCUACAUGAAGUUCUUAUUUGUCCGGGAGCCCUUCGAGCGCCUGGUGUCUGCCUACCGCAACAAAUUCACCCAGAAAUACAACACCUCUUUCCAUAAGCGCUAUGGCACCAAGAUCAUCAAACGCCAGCGCAAGAAUGCCACCCAGGAGGCCCUACACAAGGGGGCUGAUGUCAAGUUCGAGGAGUUCGUGGCUUAUCUCAUUGACCCCCACACCCAGCGGGAGGAGCCCUUCAACGAGCACUGGCAAACCGUCUACUCGCUCUGCCACCCCUGCCACAUCCACUACGACCUCGUGGGCAAGUACGAGACCCUGGAAGAGGAUUCCAAUUAUGUCCUCCAGCUGGCAGGAGUGAGCAGCUACCUGAAGUUCCCCACCUAUACAAAGUCUACAAGAACUACCGAUGAGAUGACCACGGAGUUCUUCCAGAACAUCAGCUCCGAGCACCAGACGCAGCUGUACGAAGUCUACAAACUCGAUUUUUUAAUGUUCAAUUAUUCAGUGCCAAGCUACCUGAAAUUGGAAUAAAGGGGGCUGGGAUAGAGGGUAGGGUCGGGGAGGGAGAGAAUCCUGCUUUUUAAUUUAAGAUUUUUAUUUGUCAAAUGAAUUAUAUGGAUAUGGGGUUAUUUUGUAAAUUAAUAUUUCCUCGGGGAAGAUGCUGCUAGCAGCAUUGGUGAGAAUUAUUUUUUAAAAAAAAUCCUUCGUCGGGAAGGACAGCUGUCUUUGUAGGGGAACAGGGCGAUUGUCCUUGGUUUUUUUUUUUUAGAAGUGAAUACUGCAACACUGUCUCAGAGAUUUCCUUGUGUUCUGGUGAAUUCCAUGAAUUAUGCAUUCCAUAAAUUCUAAUUAAUAUUAUUUAUAGUUAUUUAAACAUGGUCUCUGUAUAGAUUUCUUUUGUGUGUGUGUUUGUAUGUGGCAGCAGACUGCUACGUCUUUGCAGAGGAAAUCUAUGGUCUGUGCUUCUCUUUGCAACAGUUCAUUUGGAGACAUGCUGGUUCUCCACAUCAACUUCUCACAGAGUUGUACAGUGACAACCCUUGUGAUGUGCAUAAAUGCCAUCAUUCAGGAAUUCUGUGAGGAAUAAGUAGGUUGUUAUUGCCCUUAGGGCUAGGCCUGUGGUGCAUGCCUAUAAAAAUCUCAGCUGGGUGGGAGGCAGAGAUGGGAGGAUCCCAGUCUGAGGCUGGCCCAGGCAAAAGCCUGAGGUCUCAUCUGAAAAAACAAACUAAAAGCUAACGGGCUGAGUCAUGGCUCAGACCUUAAGUUCAAUCCUCAGUACUACCCAAGAAAGAGGCAUCAUCACAAAGGACUAACUCUAAGCUAAUUUCAAUUGACCCCAAAGUCCCUUCCAUGAAAGAAAUGUGAUUUUUUUUUUUGUAACCCAAGCAAAGAGCUGAUUUUUCACCAGAACUAGCAGUCUGGUAGUCUAGGCUUUUAUAUAGAAAUGAACUGGCAGUGCCAGUUGUGUGAAGGCAAAGUGACCAUAGCUUUAUAGUCGGCAUGUAUUUAUUGAGCAUCUGCUCCCUUCUAGGCCCAACUAUAUAGGCCUGCAGACAGAGCAUUGGACAAAGCCAAUACUGAAGCAGCUUUACAUGGACACAGGGCAGCCAGCUCGACAGUGAGCAAAUCCUUGAUAUUCCUGGGUUUGAGGGGCUAUUUGUGAGCAACCCCAGGAGGUCCAUAACCCUUACAGCUGUGCAUUUUUCUUUGGCCCAAAUCUGAAAACCUCACACUUGGCUCGGUCCUCUCGACAUGGUUAGUAAUCUAAGGUCAUUACCCAACACAAGAAAUGCAAAAAGUGUUUCCUCUCAUGUGCCUGUUGCAAUUUGGUGGUCAUGGUUUCUUUUAAAUCCCACCAGGGAUUCUCCAGGCACAGUGUGGAACUGUGCUAUGAUUGAUUAGUGAUGUCUGCCUGGAUGAAGAAAGGGGAACAUGGUCAUCUUGCAUCCAGCAGCCACAUUCUCAUACAGAAGCAUUAGCUACUGCUUGCUGCAUUUAAGAGUGAGUGGCAUGCAUACAUUUUGGGAUUUUCAAUGGUCUAGCAUUUCUACCCCUUCUGAAGGUCAAAGAUGAAGAUUCACACACACACACACACACACACACACACACACACACACACACAUUCCAAACCCUCCCAUGUCCUCCAGAGGCUAAGAGACCUUAGGCCUCUCAUGGCUGCUAUGCAUAAGCAGCUAGGACAGCCUCUGUGAUUUAAUCUGUGCACCUUCACUGGGAGACUGUAAACUUACUACUUCCCGGGAACAUCCCAACCUACUUCCCCUUUGCGGUCAUUUCUGAUGAUUUUUGGUUGAAAUUUGAGCCACAUCCCUCUUACAACUAGUGAAUGAUUGGGUAGCAGAUACUGUAUAUAGUAAUAAUAAUAAUAAUAGUUCUAAUGAUUAGGAAGGGUGGGAUGGGUAAGUUUGUUUUGUUUUUGAUGCAGUAUGUAGUGUAGAGGUGGGGAUAUUCUAAACAAAAGAAUGAAUAAUUUAUUCACAGAAACUAUGAAAAUGGUAUUGUAAAGCUCAUAGCAAGCUCUGUGAGCAGCAACUGCAACUUCUCACCGAGGAAAUUAUUUUAUAUAAUGUGAGCAAGAUGUGCUCCAGAGAGGAGCAGGCUGAAGCUAUUUAUAGCACGUAGGUACCUUCUUCCAUGCUAUCUUUGCUUUGUGACAGGCCCAGCUACUACACUUUUGAUAGAUAGAGAGUUAUGCAAUGUGUUUGACCAAACAGCAUCAGUAACUGUAAUUUGGAGUCUGGACUCUUUUUUUUUUUUCCAGAUAGUGGGUGCUGUCCUCAGAAAUCAGCUCCCACUAAUGAAACAGGUCCAUUAAAUUCCUAAGGUGUGAUCUACAGAAAAAGAGUUUUCUGGCACAUCCCUUCGGUGUGGUACAAAUGAAAGGUUUUGUGAUCACAUAUCCUUGGGAAACAAAGUGAAGUCCAUUUCCUUUCUGCAGGAGUUUUUAGAGCCUUGGAUACUUGAAGAGCAGUGUGAGUUCCCAAGAGCAUUAUGGCAGCAUUUCUUGGACUUACCUGACCUGGACAGUCUCUUUUGCAGAUCACUGCAUGGAGCAGGUGUUCCCAAGAGAAUCUUUAGCUUCAGUGAUUUAGCAUGUGAGAUCUACUGAGGGUAAAAACUGUCCCCAGCCAUCUCCCUAAACAAACAAGGAAGCAAAACCAAACUAGCACUGCAGUCUCUAUAUAAUUUAUAGAAUACAGGUACUUUAUAUGACAUGGAUUAAACUUUUACUUAAGUGCAAUGGUUUUAAUCUUGGAUUCUGCCCUCAGACAAUGAUUCUAUUUCAGGUGGGUGGAGGGAGGUCUCAGGAGGCUGUAGAUGGGAGAGAGGAAAAAGAGGGGGGAUGGUGAGUAAGUUACACAAUGACCCCCCCCUCCAAACACACACACAGUGUAAGGUUGUUCAGUGAGAGCAAAUGAUCACAUGAGAAGUACUUCUCCAUUUUCAUAGUUUGAAUGUGUUUGCUCUAUGCUUUCUUUUGUUUGUUUGUUUGUUUGCAAAUGGAAAUUUACAUCCACUUCCCAUGCUUUGCAUUUCUGCCCCUAACUUGUAGUGCAGGCUCACCGCAUGCUGCAUGCCCUUCGCUGGCUUCAAGGGAGAAAAGUUGUCCUUCGGGGGAUGGAUGCAGCUACUCAUUUCUGAAGGGACUCCUUCUCCUCGUGUUCUGUUUUGUGUUCAUGUUUUAUUUUCUUAUGAUAUAAUUUUU